CGUGUGCGAAAAUCAUCGUCACCCCCAAGAUCGCAUCUGAAAGCCAUGUCCCAGUCGUCGAUCUCUCCAGCGGAGGACGACCUCAAAGCUGCCCUCCAUGCUCUACGUGUAGGACACCCCAGCCUCGGUGCUGCCAAAUUACAUGCUCAGCUGCUCGCUCACCACCCACACUGGACCGUCAGCGAGAAGCGAACGCGCAAAAUCCUACAGCAGGAGGGCCUCAUUCUCUCAUGCGUGACCGCGCAAAAUCACGGCGCUGGUCAACCUGGGCUCAACGGCGCGAGCGACCACCUCCCGAGCUCUCACUUGGUGGAGAACUUAGAUGUACGGAAGUGGACGCCGAAGGUGGAGGUGAGGUAUUUCGGGAGGAAGAAGGGCAAGGGAUUGGUAGCGAGCGAAGAUAUUGCCGAGGGUGAAGCUAUAUGGAAGGAGGAGCCGUUCGUGCUCGCGCCCGAAUGGGAGAUCUACGACCUGCAGGUCGCUGGCGUCGCCUGCGCCUUCUGCAGCACGCCUCUCACCCAGAGCUCAUCACUCGUCCUCCCCUGCUCGUCCUCUUCAGCUUCCACUCCCUCCACUCCAUCAUGCCCGGCGCGCUUCUGCAACCGUCUCUGUCUCUCGCGCUCAGCGCGCACGCACCCGCUGCUUUGCCCCGCGAAUAACCCCGCGUCGCAAGGGCUGAUCAAGUUCGCGCGGCAGAGCGAAUGGAUGGCGCUGCACGCGCUCGCGCAAUGCACGGCGCGUGUGAUUCUUGCGUACCAGCAGGAUGAAACGCAGGCGGAGACGGACUGGCGGUUCGUGAAGGCGAUGGCUCAGCUCGGGAUGGAGCAGCGCGCGAAAGGCGGAUGGCUUAACGGCGCAGAGCCAGACAGGGAAACGUGGAAGAAGGCGUUCGAGCACUACGUGCGCGCGUUCCGCGAGCCCGCCACGGAUCGCGAGAAGAAGCGGCUCGCGCGGACACUCAAGAAGCCCGUCAAACCAGAAAUCGCAGAUGCGCUCUUCACAUACGACGCGUUCCUGCUCGGCCUCGGGCGCAUGAGCCUCAACCUGGAAGCGCACGGCGGCCUGUACGUCCUGCACUCGCAUUUGAACCACUCCUGCGAGCCGAGCCUCUCUGUGCGGCACCUCGACCAGCGCACCGCGCUCGCGCGGGUCACCGUCCUCGCGCGGCGCGCGAUCCCCGCGGGCGAGGAGCUCACCAUCACGUACGUCGACCCGAGCCUGCCGGUCGAGCAGCGGCGGAAGCGCCUACUGGAGUGGGGCUUCGGGAAGUGCGAGUGCGAGCGAUGCGUGAGAGAGGCGAAGGCGGUGGAGGAGAGGAGGGCGACGGCGGGGGCGGAGGGAGGGGAUGGUGUGGAUGGAGCGGCGAAUGGAGAGAUGUCGGAUUUGGAGGCGGAGCUGAAGGCGGGGCUGGGAGUGUUGUAGCGGUGUGUUGUCGGUUUCUCUGCGGAUACAAGGUGCCCUGCUGCUGGGGAGGAGCAAAAGCACGCAUACUGUGUCGUUAGUGAAUUGUCUUGCAAAUGUAGCGUUAUUGUAGCUCUGGCGAAUGCAACUGACCCGAUUUCCUGUC